GGCAAUUUUCCUCCUCCCACUACUCCUGAGGAGCUGGGUGCUCGCAUCCUGAUCCAGGAGCGUUAUGAGAAGUUUGGAGAGAGUGAGGAGGUGGAGAUGGAGGUUGAGAGUGAAGAUGAAGAGGAUAAGAGAGUGGGCAGGGUGGUAGGACAUGCAACUCAGUUAGACCAGGACACACAGCUGCAGGACAUGGACGAGGGCUCUGAUGAAGAGGAUAAUGGCAUGAAGGCUCCUCUACCCCCUGAUAACCCUGUGCCACCACCUCUGCCCCCCACCCCGGACCAGGUUAUCAUCCGCAAAGACUAUGACCCCAAGGCCUCUAAGCCUCUGCCUCCUGUGGUCGCCCCUGGAGAAUACCUCAUCUCUCCCAUCACUGGUGAGAAGAUCCCAGCCAGUAAGAUGCAGGAGCACAUGCGCAUCGGCCUGCUGGACCCCCGCUGGCUGGAGCAGCGUGACCGCAGCAUCCAUGAGCGUCAGAUCGAGGAGGAGGUGUACGCUCCGGGCCUGGACAUUGAGAGCAGCCUGAAGCAGCUGGCCGAGAGACGUACCGAUAUCUUCGGUGUGGAAGAAACGGCCAUUGGUAAGAAGAUCGGAGAGGAGGAGAUACAGAAACCAGAGGAGAAGGUAAGAAAGAAAAAGAAAAAAAUUAUAUCCGCUGUUCAACAUUGCAGGUCACAUAUGGUGGUUCCUGCUGCAUUUGUACCUGCUCCCCCUGUGCCUCAACCUCCCAGCGCUGUUGCCGCCCCCAUGCCUCCUGCCCAUCCUCCACCUCCUCACGAGGACGAGCCUUCCAGCAAGAAAAUGAAGACCGAGGACAACCUGAUUCCAGAAGAGGAGUUCCUGCGCAGGAACAAGGGACCUGUUGCAGUCAAGGUCCAGGUGCCCAACAUGCAGGACAAGACAGAAUGGAAGCUGAGUGGCCAAGUGCUGAACUUCAGCCUGCCUCUCACAGACCAGGUGUCUGUCAUCAAGGUUAAGAUCCAUGAAGCCACCGGUAUGCCGGCUGGAAAACAGAAACUGCAGUACGAGGGAAUUUUCAUCAAAGAUUCCAACUCUCUGGCCUAUUACAACAUGAACAAUGGAUCUGUCAUCCAUCUGGCCCUUAAGGAGAGAGGAGGAAGGAAGAAGUAGAUCGCUCAUCUUCUCUGUUUCAAUCCUCCACAUUAAUUAUUGUGCUUAUAAUCCUGUUACUUUUGUACACUUAAAAGAACGUGUGCUGUGCUCUGUAGAAAAACAAUUCAAAGUAAUCAGUGUCUUGUGAUUAUCCUACAUUCAGUGCAUGAAUAAUUAAAUAACACAGAACAUUUAAUAUUGUCUCCUAGCAAACUGCCCUUUUUUAGUCUCACUUUUUAUUGAGGUGAUUGUGUUAAAUAUUUGCAAAUCUAUAGUUUAGCUUUGAAACAUUACAUUUUGUCGGAUGCAUAAUAAAUACUUGUCUCUUUGGAAAACCUACCUACUAAAUUUCAGUAAGAAAUG